GAUUGCAAUGAUUUUCGAGAGAGAAAAAAACGCAAUAUCUUUCUUCAAGCUGAGUCAAAGAGAUUUGAUAUAUGAAUAGAUGGGUAAGUGGGAAGAAUGUUGAGAUGCCUGAAAGGAAGAAAACCCUUUAUUGUAUAUGAAGUUGAUAACAUGUUCUGUUGAAGUCAACUUCGGUAUCCUUUUUUCACCCCUGCUCAGAGAUGUUUUGAUGCUAUCAAUGGCUAAAUUUCUCUGCAAAUUUGGUUCAAUGAAACGUGUUUCUACUCUUAAUAAUCUUGUGUUCAUCUUCGUCAAUUUUCUGUUGCUUCUUUCUCCCUCCACUUCUUUUCCUUUGUGCACAAAUUCAGAGGCACCUAUCACCUUGAAGACUCCAUUGAAAUUUUGUUCCUACAAUGGAAGCAGCUGCUGCAACUCCACUGAAGAUUCACAAUUGCAGAAGCAAUUUCAAGCUAUGAAUAUCUCUGAUUCUGGCUGUGCCUCACUUCUGCAAUCAGUCCUCUGUGCAAGAUGUGAUCCGUUUUCAGCGAACUUAUUCACAAUUGAUUCAUUGCCUCGACCGGUGCCUCUACUUUGCAACGCUACAGUUUUAACAGAUUCAUCUCAGUCCAACCAAGCAACAAGUGGUUUCUGCUCUAAUGUGUGGGAUACAUGUCAAAAUGUAUCUAUGUUGAAUUCCCCCUUCGCACCUUCAUUGCAAGGGCAAGCUGGAGCACCCGUCAAUUCAAACUUCACCAAGUUGACUGAACUUUGGCAGUCCAAAACUGAUUUCUGCAAUGCUUUUGGUGGAGCAUAUACUAAUGGAUCUGUUUGUUAUGAUGGCGAACCGGUUAAACUAAAUGAGACUGGAACUCCUGAUGCUCCACAUGGUUUAUGCCUUGAGAAAAUUGGGAAUGGGAGUUACUUGGAUAUGGCUGCUCACCCUGAUGGAUCAAGACGUGCAUUCUUCUCCAAUCAACAAGGUAAUAUUUGGUUGGCGACUAUUCCUGAAGUGGGAUCUAGAGGAGCAUUGGAGCUUGAUGAAUCCAACCCCUUCAUAGAUCUUACUGAUGAAGUUCAUUUUGAUACUACAUUUGGGAUGAUGGGGAUUGCAUUUCAUCCUAACUUCGCACAGAAUGGCCGAUUCUUUGCUUCAUUCAAUUGUGACAAGAGUAAAUCGCCAGGAUGCACCGGAAGAUGCUCUUGUAACUCGGAUGUGAACUGUGAUCCCUCAAAGCUCGGUACAGACAAUGGUGCUCAGCCAUGUCAGUAUCAAAGUGUUGUUGCAGAAUAUACUGCCAACGGUUCUACAGCUCAGCCUUCCUCGGCAGUAAAUGCUAGGCCAUCAGAAGUGAGAAGGAUAUUCACUAUGGGACUUCCAUAUACUUCUCAACAUGGUGGACAGAUUCUUUUUGGACCUACAGAUGGGUAUCUAUACUUUAUGAUGGGGGAUGGUGGCGGUGAUGGUGAUCCGAACAAUUUCGCUCAAAACAAGAAAUCAGUGCUUGGCAAAAUCAUGAGGCUUGAUGUAGAUAAUAUACCAAGUGCAUCAGAGAUUAAUAGACUUGGUCUAUGGGGAAACUACUCCAUCCCCAGAGACAAUCCAUUUAGCGAAGACUCAGACUUGCUGCCUGAAAUAUGGGCUCAUGGAUUCAGAAACCCUUGGCGCUGCAGUUUCGAUUCAGAGAGGCCUUCCUAUUUGAUGUGUGGUGACGUCGGCGAGGAUUUAUACGAAGAGGUUGACAUCAUCAGCAAAGGUGGAAACUACGGCUGGCGUGUUUAUGAGGGUCCGUAUCGUUUUAAUCCUACAUCAUCGCCUGGAGGGAACACAUCUGCAAACUCCAUAAACCCCAUUUUCUCAGUUAUGGGAUACAAUCACUCUGAAGUAAACAAGAAAAUAGGAUCAGCCUCAAUUAUAGGAGGCUACUUUUACCGGUCCAACACUGAUCCUUGUAUGUAUGGAAGAUACCUGUAUGCAGAUUUGUAUUCUGGUGCAAUAUGGGCAGCAACUGAAGACCCCGAAAACAGCGGAAACUUUUCGACGAGCACAGUUCAGUUCGGUUGUGCAAGAGACUCUCCUUUACCAUGCAGCAGUGUGCCAGGAAGUGAUAGUGCAGCAUUGGGUUACAUUUUCUCUUUUGGCGAGGACAAUAGCAAAGACAUCUACUUGCUAACCAGCAGUGGAGUUUAUCGAGUCGUGCCGCCGAGUCGGUGCAAUUACACAUGCACGAAGGAAAAUGCUACAGCAGUUGGAACUCCAAGUCCUACAACAUCACCACUGCCAUCACAUUCAAACCAGUUGAGUCCCAAAAGUUUGCUGCUCUCUGCUUUGUUGCUGCUUUUGCUCAAUAUUGCCUGACAUUUCACAACGGCUUUAAGUGUUGUAUUGUUGUUUAAAGAGAUUAGUUUUAUGAUCCUUUGAUUUUCAAUCCUUUUC